UCUUAUUGAUGAGCUGAGUUGAGUCUGAUCUGAUUCACAAAAACAGAAUUCAGAAUUCCCGUUCAGCAGCUGUUUUUUGGAAUGGAUCCGCAACAAUGUCAAAACAGCUGUAUGUGACAUCCCACCAAGAGGGCUUAAGAUGGCUGCCACCUUCAUUGGCAACAGCACAGCCAUCCAGGAGCUGUUCAAGCGCAUCUCGGAGCAGUUCACAGCCAUGUUCAGGAGAAAGGCCUUCCUGCAUUGGUACACAGGAGAAGGAAUGGAUGAGAUGGAGUUCACUGAGGCAGAGAGCAACAUGAAUGACCUUGUGUCUGAGUACCAGCAGUACCAGGAUGCCACAGCUGAAGAGGAGGGCGAGUUUGAUGAAGAGGAAGAAGAGGAAGGGGCUUAAAGAUGGGUUAAUCUUUCACAUGUUCAUAUUUUCACAAUUUCUAUGUCUUUCUGUUUCUUGAAAUCGAUGUAAAGUGUGAAUACAGUGAAUGUAUAUGUGAAUACAGCAAGAAGCUUCAUCAGCUAU